AUGACCACCAUGGGACUGGAAGUAGGUAAUCAUACAGAAACAGCAUAUUUUGUUCUGCUGGGAUUUCCAACACUACCUGCCUUCCAGCUUCUCCUCUUCUCCAUUUUCCUGGCUACCUAUCUGCUGACACUGCUAGAGAACCUUCUCAUCAUCCUAGCCAUCCGCAGUGAUGGGCAGCUGCACAAGCCCAUGUACUUCUUCCUGAGCCACCUCUCUUUCCUGGAGAUGUGGUAUGUCACAGCCAUUUGUCCCAAGAUGCUGGUAGAUUUCCUUAGCAGUGACAAGAGCAUUUCCUUCAAUGGCUGCAUGACUCAGCUUUAUUUCUUUGUCACCUUUGUUUGCACCGAGUACAUACUUCUUGCCAUCAUGGCCUUUGACCGUUAUGUAGCCAUUUGUAAUCCACUCCGCUAUCCAGUCAUCAUGACCAACCAGCUCUGUGGUACACUGGCCGGGGGAUGUUGGUCCUGUGGACUCAUGACUGCCAUGAUUAAGAUAGUUUACAUAGCCAGACUCCACUAUUGUGGCACACCUCAUAUCAAUCACUACUUUUGUGAUAUCUCUCCACUCCUCAAUGUUUCCUGUGAGGAUUCCUCACAGGCUGAACUGGUUGAUUUCUUCUUGGCCCUCAUGGUCAUUGCUGUUCCCCUUUGUGUAGUGGUGGCAUCUUAUGCCACCAUCCUCAUCACCAUACUCAAGAUUCCCUCUGCUCAGGGUCGUCAAAAAGCAUUCUCCACCUGUGCUUCUCACCUGACAGUUGUAAUUCUCUUUUAUUCCACAACUCUUUUCACUUAUGCCCGCCCCAAGCUCAUGUAUGCCUACAAUUCCAACAAAGUAGUAUCUGUUCUCUACACUGUCAUUGUUCCACUCUUAAACCCAAUUAUUUACUGUCUGAGGAACCGGGAAGUAAAAGAAGCUCUCAAAAAGACCAUGUUUUGCAAUAGAAGUGUCCCCCACUGA